CAGACGUCAUUACCCGACGGUCGAGAAUCGGAGCCUCCGGAUCUCAGGUGCUGAUUACAAACAAAAACAAUCCGUCCCCAUGAAAUUUCAUGAUCCAAAGGGUGGCCCGACCGACGUCGAUGUCAACUCACAGUCAUCCAAAGGGUGGGUAGUUUGGUCAAUAUAAAUCCAACGAGGAGGUCCCUAUUCAUACUCAUCGGCCAAGCGAGAAAGGAUCCACGGUGGAAUACGCAAUUUCCUCGACAGAGGGCGAUAUGAGGCUACUGGAAUUCCCCUGCGGCCGGCGAGCCAUACGGCCGGAUAAGGAGGCGCCGGCAGCCAAGGAGUGCGAGGGCAAGCGCCGGAGGAGGGCGUCGGCGUGGCGGCCGUCGUUGGUCGUGAUCUCAGAGGACGCGGCGCUGAUGGGGGAUAAGGCGGCUCCCAAGGGUGGCGGCGGACCGCGGAAGGCGAAAGCCCAAGCGACGCGUAGGUUUGUUCCGCGCCCCUUCAAGGACGACCAUGGGCAGUAUGCGGUGGCUGCGGUUGUUCCCGCUUUUGCUCCGGCGGCCUUCAUUUUCUAAAGCUUCGCCCGCCAUGUACAUACAUAAUUAAUAACGGCGGCCUUCUUCAAGAUCUGCCUUGUACAUAUCAUCAUCUUUCUUUUUUUCAGUUAGAAAUCUCCCACGGUUGAUAAAACAGAUUUAUGAAACAUCAGAGAUCGAGGUGAUUGCCGCGCAAUUCAUCUUUGUUGAACUCAAUCACCACAUAGCCUCAAAUUUGUCGAAUAAGCAUUUGCCGUGUUCGGUGGCCGGAGAGGGGAUGGAUGGUAAACAAUCAAUCCUUUUCAGCCCAAUACUUGAUAAAAUGCCGGACAGAAAAGUCGAAUGAAUAUGUCCCAUUCUGAAAGCCCAUUGCAUUCCA